GAGCCGCGGCUGGAGGCGCGCAAGCUCGCUCCUGCUCCGGCUUCGGCUCCCGCUCCGGCUCCCGCCCCGGAGGAUGCGGCGUGCCUAGGAUGCUGCCGCGCCUGGUAGUGCUGCUGGAGGUGCUCCUCAGCCUGCGCCUCGGCUCCUGCGCGCGCGGGACAGAUCUGCCCAGCCCUCUAUCUGCGUGGUUUGAAGCAGAAUUUUUCUCCCACGUCCUCCACUGGACUCCCAUCCCAAAACCGUCAAACAGCACCUACUAUGAAGUAGAGCUUCUGAGGUAUGGGCUAGAACCCUGGAAGUCCAUCCCCAGCUGCAGCCAGACCCAGGUGUCGUUCUGUGAUCUCACUAUGGUGACCCUGGACCUGUACCACAACAAUGGCUACCGAGCCAAGGUCCGCACGGUGGAUGGAAACCAGUACUCCAACUGGACCUUCACCAACACCCGCUUCUCCGUGGAUGAAGUGACUCUCACGAUUGGCAGCGUGAAGCUAGAGGUGCACAAUGGCAUCAUCCUCGGGAAGAUCCAGCCCCCUAGGCCCAAGAUAGCCCCUGCGGGCGACACUUACGAAAGCAUCUUCCAACACUUCCGCGAGUAUGAGAUUCAGAUUCGCAAGGUGCCGGGGAACUACACGUUCACAAAGGAGAAGGUGAAGCAUGAAGACUUCAGCCUCUCACCCCCUGGAGAUCUGGGAGAGUUCUGUGUGAAGGUGAAGCCAUCUCUGAGCUCCCGACUGAACAAGGGGGUAUGGUCCAAGGAGGAGUGCGUCGUGCUCACCCGGCAGUAUUUCACCACAACCAACCUCAGCAUCUUCUUCACCUUCGUCCUGCUUCUGUGCGGAGCCCUGGCCUACUGCCUGGCCCUCCAUCUGUACGUGUGGCGCCGGAGGAAGCUGCCCACCGUCCUGGUCUUCGAGAAGCCCCAGGCCUCCAGCUUUGUCAGCCAGCUUCCCUGUCCCGAGCCCCAGGACGCCAUCCAUCCCCUGGACGAGGAGGCCUUCCCCCAAGUGUCCCCAGAGCUGAAGAACUCGGAACUGCACGGCAGCACAGACAGUGGCUUUGGCAGUGCCAAGCCAUCCCUGCAAAAUGAAGAGCUCCAGUUCCUCCUCCCUGCCCCCCACCCCCAGGCUGGGGGCACCGCGGGCAAGGGGGCGCCCCUGGAGCUGGAGGGCAGCAGCGGCAGCAGCAGCAGCACGGACAGCGGGAUCUGCCUGCAGGAGCCCGGCCUGAGUCCCAGCACUGGCCCCAGCUGGGAGCGGCAGGUGGGGGACAGCAGCCCCGGCCAGGAUGACAGUGGCAUCGGCCUAGUCCAAAACUCUGAGGGGCAGCCUGGGGACGGGCAGGGUGGCUCCGCCUUGGGCCCUGUCAAUGCCGCCGGGCCUGAGGAGCCUGAGGAAGAAGACCCAGCCUCAGUGGCAUUCCGGGGCUACCUGAAGCAGACCAGAUGCACAGAGGAGAAAGCAGCCAAGACAGGCUGCCUGGAGGAAGAGCCCUCCUCGACAGAUAGCCUUGGCCCCAGGUUCAGGAUGUGCCUGGAUGCCGAGGCAGGCUGGCCUCUACCAGUGCUGGCCAAGGGCUAUUUGAAACAGGACCCAGGAAUGACUGUCACUCCCUCGGGGACCUCAACUGUACAGUGGGACCAGCCAACGGAGGAAUGGUCUCUCCUGGGCUUGACCAGCUGUGCUGACCUAGGAGCAUCUGACUGGAGCUUGGCCCAUGAUCUUGCCCCUAUGGACCGUGUGGCAGCCCCAGGUGGUCUCCUGGGCAGUUUUGACUCAAACCUGGUCACCCUGCCACUGAUCUCCAGCCUCCACUCCAAUGAGUGACUCAGGCUAAGGGGCUGCUUUUGAUUUCAGCCACGAGGGCCCCCCGGGAUCAGAAGUGACGCAUGAGGCCAGUGUGAGCCCUCAUUGGCAAGCCCAGUGGGGCCAGCCCUUGCCAGGCCCAGCAGGGCUGGCUAAGGGGCCCAGGGCAGAGAGAGACUAUCCUGCUAAACUACUGCAGGCUGUAUGGGUGGCGUCGGCCUGGGCUGCUGGAGGGCUCCAAAGACUCGGCAGAGCCAGGAAGGGCCGGGCGGAGAUCUCCCUCCUCCGGGCUCUUCCUGUGCUGUAACAGAUUAUUUGCUCUGGGGAAUCACUGGUUUUCUGGAAUUGUGGGGAGGCCCAAGCUGCAGUCAGUAAGGACCCAGCCCUCCCCCCUAGACCAGCCAAGUGCCAGGGCCUCCAGCCGGAUGGAGAACUGGCAGGGGGUGCGGGGCGCGGAUUUCCCUGAAGGGGUCAUUUCUGGGAGGACAAAGGAGGGAGCAGAGGCCAAGUUUGAUCUCUGGGAUGGUCAGAGCUGGUCAGCCUGGGAUGGUCAUAGGAAGAAGCUUCCCGGCUGGCAGUCCUCCCAGGCAGGGAGCUUGUCACGGAAGAUCUUAAGAUGUAUCUGUCCCUGUCAGCCAGUCUGCCACCAUCAGUCAGAUGCCACGGCUCUAUAGAGCCACCAGGGGAUGACGCCCCUGUGGCCGAGCCACUCACUACCUCCAUCCUGUUGCCCCCACCACCUUGCUGACGCUACCAGAGGAGCCACGGUUCUUUGUAUUGGGCAAAACUCAACACUUCAGGUGGUCUCUGGGCUCAGGCACCAGCUCACCCUCCCCAGAGGGUCAGGGUUGGGACCCACGCUAGUGUUUACUGCUAGUGUCCAGCUACAGACCCACAGGACAUGGCACUGGGCUCCAACCCAUGCUCUCUCAGUGUCCAGCUGUGAGAGCUUGGGCCAAGCCACUUCUCAGAGACCCUGUUAUCCUCUGAUAGCAUAUGUGGAAUAGUGACUCAGUCUCCAGUGGGCCUUCCAUGCUGGAUGGUAACCAAGCUGGCAUCAGGGGUGACGUCCCCAGCCUGGUGUGACCCUAGGCUGGGAGGAAGUUGUCUGCAGAACCUAUAUCUGCACAGAGCCAGCUUCUUUUGCAUGCUGGGAAUGAACAGAUUUAGCAGAAGUCUGUGGUAUCAUGCUAAGAGGACUACCCAAUCCUGGGCCCAGAAGGGGACAGGUAUGGGCCCUGCCUCCCCAUAGUCCGUUUGGAUUCUAUCUUCAAAGCAAGUUUACAGUCCAUGGGCAAGGAAGCUGGGGGGAAUGACAGGCCUGGGGUCUGCCCGCCCCGCCCCCUUCCGGGUCACCACUCGGCCCUGCAUUUCUCUGUGGCAUUCUGAGAAGAGACACUCCAGCUCAGGAAAUCCACCCAGAACAACCCCUGACUCCCCCACCACAUCCUACCAAGAAGCUCUGAUGUGCCAGUCUGAUAACUGAACUCCCUCUCGAAACUUGAGUUUGCAGGAAGAUUCCUCAGGGUUCCCUUGAAAGUUUAUUUAUUUUGUUCACUUAUUUAUUGAAGAAACAGCAUGGUACAGUGCAAGGAUUCUGAGUAUUUCAAGAACCUGGAGGUUCUAGUUCUGACUCCAUUGUUUCUUGCAUCUCCUCAUCUGUAAACUGAAGGGUCUCGGUUUCUUCGUCUGUAAAUCUAGAAAGCCACGCCUGACAUGUUCAAUGGACAGGGGUGUGAGGCUCCACCAAGGCGGUGGAUCUGAAUGUACCUUGCACGCAAGGCUCUGUAAAUCAGAGACGCAUGUUUUUUUAUUUCAAUAAAUUGUCAGGACCUCAGGAAUCAUGUGAAACCAGUCAAAUUUCUGAUCAGAAACGGUGACUGGUGGAAGCGUCAAGUUGUUGAUAAUUGAGGUUGAUAACAAGUAAGAUGUGUGAUGUCGCUUUAGCAGGAACGAAGACUCGGGCUCAAGUCAGACAGACACAGGAGUCCUCACGCUAACAUGAAGUAUGUAAUGGGUAUGGAUAACAGUGUUUUGAAUGUGGCGUCCGGACAGCUGGAAAAGAGACCAGACCUCCCUGGAGCUCUGUCACCUGCCCCUCUCGACAUGGAGGUGCGUCCCAGGGGUGCUUCUCAUAAGGGCGGAAGUCAUCUGCAUUUGAUUCUGAGAGCAGCCUGCUCUUUCCACGAAAAGCCACACGUGGGUUUGAGUCUCUCCCCAAGCUCAGCCCUGCGGAUGGAGCAAACUCAGGGCCCUGGCCAGAGUCUCCAAUGCACUUUGCGCUUUGUCCCAUUCUGGAUCCCCGAGGAGGUGAAUGGGGACACCUCAUCCCCGUUCCUCUGUGUCAUCUCCAACGAUGCUUCUCCCCAUUUCACUCUGAGGAAAUAACCAGUUCUGGGAAGCACCGAUCCUAUCACCUUCAGAGAACUUGACUAAUAUCACACCAUUUGGAACCGAUCAAACUGAUUUGCCCUGGAAGCCUCCCUGUCCUAUUGGUUAAGAGGUGUGGGGUCUCCUGGAAAUGAGUGUCGGAGGUGGCCUCCACCCCCAGGAAAAGGCCCUCGAGGCACGUUGGAUGGACAGCAGCAGAGAGGUGAAUACGAAGAUGGAAAGAAUAAGAGGAAUCAGCAACUGGGGCCAGCAAGAAAGCAAACACAGAGCAGCUGGGAGAACGGAGUCCGAGGAUGUGGGCUCUGCUGCAGGCCUCGCCUGCUUCCCUCAGGAAGCAUGAACAGGAGUUUGUGCUGGGUCUCCUGCCCGGCCCAGUCCGGGCUUGUGGGGGAAACAGAGUCCUUCCUGCAGGUGGUGCUGAGACGCUCACCGCUCACCGGCUUCUUGGGAAUUGGAUUCAAGUGCCCCACAGAAGGCCGUUUGUUCUUAAACUGAGUAAUCUCCCUCGAGGGCUUUUCCAGGCUGAGGAAUGUGUGAUUCUGGGUUUCUAUGAGCUAACGGAACUUCCUCUUAGUAAGGGGAGAGGGGAAAUGGACCAACGUGGACUGAAGAGGAAAUUUCUAUUGAACUGUGUUUUCCCAGCUUUCUAAAUAGCUGUAUCAAAGAGUCUGCCUUGUCUUCCCUGAAGAUCUCUACCCCCUGCAAGGCACACAACACACUAUCCCAGAAUACACACAGUCACGGAGGGGGCUCACUGCCCUGCUGAGUAGGAGCUCUCGGAGCCCCGCGUGGGGACGGUGGAGACAGGGGCGCCGCAGGCCAUGUCCGCCGGGGACAGCAUGCUGGUGGUCAUGAGAGGCAGGUUCAGGCGGCGAGGGCUGACUUUAUGUAGCCCCAACCUAGAGGACACCAGGUAGUGGGAGGCAUGACUCAUCCAUUUCCUGUAGUGCUCACGGGUUUCAGGGUUACUUUUAAAGCACAUCCACAAUUUGAAAUUAAAUGCAUCUUUAUUAAUGAUUCACAGCACCUUUCCUAUCAGCUUGAUCUUAAGUUCACCUAGCUCCCGUAAACAUUCGACUGGGCCGGGGAGGGGGGUGGGUUUGGACCCAAUAAACACUCUGACAAGGAAAGGCUGGGUCAUUGGAUUUAGUGUUUUACAAAGAUAACCCUGGCCAAAGCAUAAGGCGUGAGUCAGACGGGACGAGGCAGGAUGUAGGGAGACCUGGUUGGAGGUGCAUGUAGUCAGCAUUUCUUCAUUUCUUCAAGAAACAUUUUUAAGUGCCCACGCCUGGGUCCAGAGGGAACAAAAGAGAUGCAGCUCCAUGGAGGGGGCUAUCUGGCUAUGAAGCUAACAGACUAGCAGAUACAUCUUUACAAUCAGCGGUGAGUGCCAUGAAAGGAACUAAGAUGGGAAAACAAGGAACGGAGACAAGACGCAGAGAAACUGUGAAGAGAAAGCUGUCUUAGUUUGCCCGGGCUGCCAUAACAAAAUACCAUUGACAAGACACAUUUCUCAUCGUUCUGGAGGCUGCAAGUCCAAGAUCAAGGUGUCAGCCAAUUUGGUUCUUGGUGAGGGCCCUCUUUCUGGCUUGCAGAGGCCCCCUUCUCCUUUGUCCUCAUGGGAGGAAGAGGGGAGGGGGAGAGGGGGAGAAGAGAGGAGGAGGAGUAAAGAGAGAGAGCUCCAGCUAGGCAAGCACCCUGGUCUCUCUUCCCUUUUUUUUUUAUGAUUAUUUAUUUGAGAGAGACAGCACGCCCUUGAGCAGGGGGAAGGGGGAGAGGGAGAGAGAAUCCCUAAACAGGCUCCCCACCAAGCAAGGAGCCCCGAUGCAAGGCUCGAUCCCAGGACCCCAAGAUCAUGACCUGAGCUGAGACCAAGAGCUGGCCACCCAACCAGCUGAGCCACGCAGGCACCCGUCUUCCUCUUCCUAUAGGGACUCUCAUCACAUCAUGGGGACCCUGCCCUCAUGACCUCAUCUAACCCCUAACAGCCUCCCAGAGGCCCCACCUCCUGAUACCAUCGCAUUAGGAGUCCAGGCUUCAACAUACGAAUUUGGAAGGGACACAAACAUUCAGUCCACAACAGGCUUAAUCGGUAAUCCGAUCCAAUGACAAUACUGAGCAGGGACAGCGGGAAUGGAGAGCAGGUGACAGAAUCAAAAGGCAUUCUGCAGAGAGCGCUGGGAAGACUCCAUAGCGGGCUUCAGUGAAAGAGGCACUGAUCCCACUCGAACGUGGAGCUGGAGGAAAGUGAAACACGCACAUGGAAGGGAGACGUCGUGUUGGUGAGUUCUGGCUCCCUAUGACAAGUCACCUAAGGAAAAAGUCCUCUGGCAAUUGGUCAGGCAGGCCUGGCAACAGGGGAGGGCUCAGAGCUGGGGGGGUUCAGAUGUGCUCACGCUGACCCACCAGAUGGGAGAGCUCACACCUGCGUGUGGAAAUGAGCACACGGAUCUGGCGACGGCCACGCCCCCUGCCGCCCACCUGCAGUGACAAUACUCACCUGUUGCCCCCCCCCCCCCCCCCCGGCCUCGAGGAAAAGCAGGCUACCCUCCCUGUAGAGCGACAGGGGCCGUGCCUGUGCUCGGCACCCAUCCUGCAGACCCCAGCCAGCAGCCUCAUUAGUGCUGCAGCCCAUCCCAAAGGUGCGGCUGAGCUGUAGAGCUGGUAAGCUCCGGAGCAGACUGGUACAUGAUUGGCGAAGGUCUGGGUAUAGGGUGCCACACCCAUAUAGAUCUACCAACACAGGGAAGGCGGAGUCGACAGAGGUCAGGGCCUCAUGAUGGCCUUGGAGAGAAGAGAAACAUUCCUGAGGAUCCUGCGGCCUGGUCACCGUGACCCUGCCAGUAUUCCCUGCCCUCCACUGCCCGACACUCCCACCUACCUGUCCCCAAGGGCAGUUCGCAAAGGACCACCUGCAUCAGAAUCAUCUGAGGGGUGCUUCUCUUCCUGAGCGUCUCCUCAAGGCCAGGAAGCUAUGAAUGCUAAUUCCCAGGGUCCUGCUUCAGUAAACUGGUUACAGGUGAUCAGGUACAAGUGACCCCCAUGCACACUGACGUGUGAAGGUCACUCCUUUAGAGAAGAACUUGAUGAUCUGAUGUCUGUUAAACUCUACCCUUCUCCCCACUGCCCCUAGAUGGUCUCACCCAGUCCACGCCUUUAAAUGCCACCAGGAUGCUGCUGACCGUCCCCUUACUGACCCUCUGCUUCCACACCUGCUGCCAUGGUCUAAUAGCAUGUGAUUCGUAUAGUAUGCUUAGUCCACUAUAGCAGCCAGCGUGAUCUUUAUAAAAUACAAUUCAGGUCAUGUUAUUCCCCAGCUGAAAGCCCUCCCCUUUGCUCCUGGUCCAAAUGAGAGGCAGAGUCCCAUCGACUUAGUACCUGCCCACCCCCCAGCACACACCACCUCCUGCACUCUCCCCCUUGCCCACCCUGCUUCAAGCUCAUUUCCACCUCAGGUCAUUUAUUCAAGUGUCUCCUCAAACGCAGCCUCCUGGGGGAGGUCUUUGCUGGCCAUCCUAUUUAAGUAUCCUCCCCAUCUCCAUUCCCUCCCUACCCCUAGCUUUUUUCCAUCAGAGCACUUAUUAUCUGAAGUUAUAGGACAUAUUUGUUUUUUUGCUCUUGCCUCGCUCUCCAAAUAAAGUGGAAGAUCUAUGAAUACUCUCUCUCUUUUGCUCACUCCUACAGUCCCACAACCAGGAGCACAUAGUAGAUGGUUUGUAUUUGCUGCAUGAAUGAGCAAGUAAAUAAAUGAAUAAAGAUAAGCUUACAAUGUUAGGUGGUAAGUGCGGUCUUAGCCUAGACUGUCCCCCCAGAAGCAAGAACCUGAUUCAAGGAGUUGUGGGUAGGUGGCUUAUUUGGAAGGUGAUCCCAGGGAACAAGAGUGAGAAACCAGGAGAAGAAAAAGCCAAAACAAGGAUAUGUUAUCAAGCUGGUCAUGCUGGGAGCAACUGGGCCUUGAUCCCUGGAGCAGGUAGAGGCCUCUUCCAAUGGUCCCCUGAACACUGACAGGAGAAGCCCUGAUCCAGCAGCUUCUGAGCUGGCUGAGGCUUCCCCCAGAGGUGUUAGACACUCUCAGACUGCUGGUGCACAGGGCUGCGUGGGCCCCGCCCACCAAGAACACAAUGAGCCGGGGUGGUUAGCAAGUGAUGUGCAGUGAGCACUGGAGACAAGAUUUGUCAGCACAAAGUGGGAGCCCAUUCAGAACUGUCUGGAAUCAGGGUUGGAGCUGAGAGUGCGAGGUGGGGCACUGAGACACCUGCUGUUGUUCGUGCUGUGAGGGAGAUGUUCCCAGGGGCCACAGGGGCAUGUGACCCACCUAGGGGGUUCAAUGCACAUUUUUUUUGGACUGAACUUAAAGGAGUGAAGUGAGACUUAUUAAAUUAUGCUAAGUGAGGUUGGGAGACUCUCCCCAAACUUGAGAGAUGAUAAGAUCUGAGCCUGCCAUUCAAACCUGGGGCAACAAGAAGACCCAGGUAGUCUAGCAGGCCUGAGUGGCAGGACGCACUGAAGGCACAUCCCCUCAAGUGACAGAGUGUCCACCAGGCGCUCAGACUAAUGGACAAGUCCAGAGAUAGGCUCCCCCCUCAAAGCUGUUGGUCUGGAGAUGCCCCACUGGCAAAGAGGAAGAGGCAACAGACCCACGGAGUGGAAACAGCACUGGGGUGGCCCGGAACUUGGGAGAGGUGGGUUCUCAGCUCAGUCAUGUCCUAUCAACUCUGGGCCUCAGUCUUCCCAGCCAAAUGCAGAAAGUACUCUUCAGUCUGAUUGUCUCUUGAACGCCCUGGAGAUCCUGUGGUCGCUGAAUGUAUGCUUAUUCCACUGUGAGCUCUAGAGAGGGGAAAAUUCCCUGACUCACUUCCGUAUCCCUGUAUCCUUCACACCCAACCGAUGCCUAACAGUAGAGGUGCUCGGUAAAUGCAAUGGAGAAUGAAUGCAUGAACGAAUGGAUUUUCUCACAAGGAAAAGCAUAUGAAAGGGGUUGAAGAAGAAGGUUAUCCAAACAUGACCAUGGCAAGGCUUGGCAAUGGUAGCUUGAAGCUGGGUGGUUCCUUGGGAGACAUUAGACUGAGCUCAAAAGAAAGCAGGCUGACCAUAAAUUUGACUUAAAUUUUAUCUUCAGGCCUGCCAUCUUAGCUUAGUUGUAUUAUACCACGAUUAUUUCUUUCCCUGUGGUAUUUACCCUAUAGCUCUUAGGUAUUGUAGGGACUCGGGGCUAUAGACCAAACGAAGCCUAGAGCAAGGGGAUGUGGUCAGGAAGCAAGGCAAAGGACCGUGAAAAUAUUCAGCAGUCAUUCACUCCUUUAGCAGACAUUCAUUGAGCAUCUGCCAUGGGCAGGCCCUCUGGGAAUAUAGCAGGCAAUAAGAGAUCCUUCUCCGUGGGUUACAAGCCUGCAGCAUGCGCGCGCACGCACACAGGCACAGGUGUCUCCGCUACCUCCUCCACCGCGCCCCUCCCCCAGCCCUGUGGGAACUGAAGUCACCCACGCUCUGCAUCAGCCUCACAGCUGGAAGGGAACUCGGUGUCCUCAAGUCCAAUGGCAGCCUUACCCAACAAGGCACCUGGGCCCCACCAGCUACUGGGGCUACCACGGAACGUGGGGCUCCAAACAUUUUUCCACCCAUCUCCUUCCUAAUGGCUCCCUGCUUAUAUAUGAAAAACCUUAUCCUAAGGUGUUGGGGGAGGGGAAGACAACCCCCAUGGCUCUGUAGGUAAAAAUCCAGGCAACAGGGACCCCACCAAGGCCGUGGCCUCCAGCGCCGCCCCACCUGUUGUUUUGUUGGCCUGUUGCUACUCUGGGCAGACAGAACAUUUUCACUUCUGGUCCCCAAAUGUGAGAAUUCACCAGGCCACUGGCUUCCUGUUUUGUACCAGAUCUGCCUAAAUCUGCUUCUAGACAGCUUUUGAUCACUAAGCAGUUUUUUAAACACAGUAAUGAUAUGCCUAUGUGCUCCCACUUUGAGGUUCUUGGACCCCUGGGGCAGAGAGAGGGCACCACAGACGCGCUGGCCCCUGCACGGUCACCAGCAUGAGGCAAGAUUACUACAUGGGAGCACAGCCCCCCACUCACCGCCCAGCCUCUUCCUGGGUCUGACCAUUCCUUAAGGUAGACUUUAAACAGAAAGUCACUGUCUCUGUGUGCUUGCUCUGUGUCCAGAUCUGUAUCUGAUGAUGGCCACAGGGAUGCACACGAUUGAGGAUGGGCAGAGAAAAUCAAAAGCCUCGGUUUUCAGAGCAACCAAGACUGGACCAGAGAUAAAGCAAAGCCCAAGUUCCCUGAAGAGACUGAGAAAUAGUCAACAUAAUUUCCUGAGACUCCUGGCUAUGGCCAGAGCCAUAUACACUACCGCAGAGAACUGGGAAAAGGCAGAAGACCUGAAUUUUGCCUGAAGAAAGUACCCAUCAAACAGGAGGGAGCAUGGUUAAUCUCAAGAGAGACUGGAUGCCCCCACAGUGCCUAGCAGUUCCUGGCAUAUUACAGAAGCUGCAUGAAUGAAUGAUUGAAUGGAUACAAGGGAAUAAUCAAUAAUUCAGCUAUGGGAGCCAGAGAGUAUUUGUAAUUAAAAGUGAGAAGACAACAGGGCAACUGAGUGGUUCAGUGAGGCGUCUGCCUUCGGCUUGGGUCAUGAUCCCAGGGUCCUGGGAUCGAGCCCCACAUUGGGGGGGGGGGUCCUUGCUCAGUGGGGACCCUGCU